AUGUUGCGCCGCGCCCUGCGCCGGCUGCAGUACAGCGCCCCGCUGUCGUACCCGUACGCCCCGCCGGCCUACGACCCCGCUGCCGUCCCCACCGACGCCAGCGGCGCCGCUGGCGUCGGUGGGGGCGGCAACGGCGGCGGCGGCCCCAGCGCGCAGCUGCAGAUGCAGCGCAGCUCCCGCAUCCACCUCAACCCCGCCUCCUUCGUGGAGCCGGUGCCGCGCAACACGGUGCUCAACAUCGUCCCGCAGGGCCGGCAGUACGUCGUGGAGCGGCUGGGGCGCUACCACCGCACGCUCGACCCCGGCUGGUGGCUGGUGGUGCCGCUGCUGGACAGGAUCCGCUACUGCUACAGCGUUAAGGAGCAGGGGGUGGAGAUCCCGAACCAGUCGGCGAUCACCUCCGACAACGUCAUGGUGGAGAUCGACGGCGUCCUCUUCCUGCGCAUUGUCGACGCGGAGAAGGCGAGCUACAACAUCGAGAACCCCGUCUACAACCUGCUGAACCUCGCCCAGACGACGAUGCGGAGCGAGAUCGGCCGCCUCGACCUCGACACCCUCUUCCGCGAGCGCACGCUACUCAACAAAAACAUCGUCGAGGUGCUGCGCCGCGAGGCGAACGACUGGGGCAUCGAGUGCAAGCGGUACGAGAUCCGCGACAUCACCGUCAGCGAGCUCGUGCGGCGCUCCAUGGACCUGCAGGCCGACGCCGAGCGCCGCAAGCGGCAGCUCAUCCUGCAGUCGGAGGGCGAGGCACAGGCGGAGGUGAACCGCGCGGAGGGGCUCAAGCGCGCCCAGCGCUGCGCCGCCGAGGCACAGAGGUACACAGUCGUGCAGCGCGCCGAGGCGGAGGCGGCGGCGACGGGCGUCAUGGCCGAGGCGGUCUCGAAGAGCGUCACGGUGGUCGCGGGCUCGCUGGAGCAGGCCCCGCGCAGCGGCGACGCCGUCGCCCUGCGGGUGGCGGAGAAGUACAUUGAGAAGUUCGGCGAACUCGCCAAGGCGAGCAACACGGUGGUGCUCGGGAAGAACGUUGGGGACCCCGCGGAGUUCUCGGCGCAGGCGCUCUCCAUCUUCAACGCCCUCAGCGCCGUCACGGGCGGUGCGGGGGGCGCCGGUAGCAGCCGCGGCACGCUCCCCGCGUCGUCCGCCGCGGGUAAGUAG